AUGGAUCACACUCAACCUCCAAGUGUUCUAAAUGACAACUGCUCUGCAUCCUAUAUGACUCCGUAUGCUACCGUAAUUGCAAUGUCUGGACUUUAUUUGAUUGUUAUAUUUUUCUUUUGUAAAAAAUCAAAAAAGAUGUGUCAGCCAAUGUCCGACAGCAUGUAUCCGUAUCAAAAGAGACUGAAACAAUUAGAAAGAGAGCUCAAAAACUUUCUUAUUGACGAGGAAAGUAUAGAAGUAGACGACUAUCAAAUAGGUCAAACAGCAGAUGGAUUCAUUUUUCGUGGCGGAGUCUUCCCAAAAACUAGAAAUAGAUUCAAUGCAAAAGUUACAACUGCGGUCAAGAUCAGUUUUCCUAUUGUGACCAAGUCGAUCAGUCUUUUAGAAGAUGCACUUCGACUCUCGAAACUUGAUCAUCCUAAUUUAAUUCGACUUCUCGCAGUUUCACAGCUCUCUUUUACGGUCUUCCGUCCGAUGAUAGCUUUGGAGUGGCUGCCAGGGGGAACUCUAGCUGACUACUUCAUCUACAAAAUCAGGGAGAAGGAAGAUUCUGAUCGGAGUCCAAUCCAACUGAAAGACAUGCUCUCCAUCCUAUAUCAAGUCUCGCAAGCUCUGAAAUACAUUCACAGUAGAUUAGAUGAAUUCGGACAAGAACUCACUCAUGGAAGAAUUCUUACUCGAAAUGUUCUUAUCUCUGAACCAGAUCUCAAAAAGUGUGAAGUAAAAUUGGGAGAUUUCGGAGAGGCGCCGAGUGGAUUGGAGUACGCAACACCGAUUGUCGCCUACAUGCCACCAGAGAUUUUAUGUUGUGCUGAAAAGAUUCCACCGCAUAGGCCGGAGAAUGAUGUUUGGAUGUUUGGAGUUUUUAUUUGGGAAUGUUUGACAUUGGGAGCUCAGCCACAUUUUAGAAAAUCCGUGGAGGAUAUCAAGAAAAGUUUCCGCCUACCUGAUCGUGGUCUAUCAUGCCCUCCAACGUGCCCACUCGAUGUAUGGACACUGGUCAUUGACUGUCUCUCGGAUCCUCAUGUCCGUCCCCGUUUCGCCUCGACAACGAAUGCAUCCAUCACCAUGAGACUUUCAGAACUUCAUCACAUUGUUUCCCCUGCUCUUUUUCUCUAUCCCAUCCCCAAUCAAUCCGUUUGUACUUGUAUUGAACAUCAUUGUCAAAGUAUACCUCAAUAUUAG